AUGACGCAGACAUUGAAUAGAAGACCAUCUAUGAUACUAGAUGACUUUGAAGAGAGUGGGAUCCUAAUCCAGGAACUGAAAAGACAUACUCAACUCUCGUUACCAGCUAUACAUGAAUGGAAACAAGAACAACAACAAGCAGCCGCUGAACAUAAUUAUAAAGCACCUCAACCUCGUUCCAUUGACGAUAUGGAUAUGAUAAGUUUGAACACUAGUUUCGAUAAACAAAUGUUAUUGGGGUCCCCUAUGUAUUUGGAUCCGUUAGAGCAAGCAAAUAAAUUCAUCUUGCAAGGCUCAAAUUCUAAGAAAACAAUUUUGGACCGACUCCUUCCCCCGCAGCAAAGUCAAAAGCAUCCUCAUCAUCAUUAUGAAAGUGAUGUACCAACAGAUGCAUCCAAUUUCCAUUUGGAUACCGUUGGUGAGUCAAAUAAUCCAUUACAAUCUUUAAUUGAAUUAAGAUCGAAAUACAUCCUUUCAUCACAACAAGAUGCUAAAUCUAAUAUUUCAAAUGAUUUGCCAAACUGGUUACUGUAUCCAAAACCAUUACCCAAAUUUUGGAGGUACGAAUACGAUCCUUCAUUUCAAAGUUCUUACAUUUCAAACAGCAACUACAGCAAUAAUAAUAAUACAACUACCCAAUCUACUGUACCAGCGUUCUUAAGUCAUGGGAAAAAAAUCAACUAUUCUGGUGAAAGGUUUGAUUUGGAUCUAUAUAAACAAGAAUUAUCACGUCAUAGGAAGUCCCAUCAUUUGGAUAAUGAUAAAAAUAAUAAGAAUAAUGAAGUCAUACAAUAUAAUCCAAUUAAUAUACCAACAUUUGAAGAAUUUAGAAAUGAUUUCAAAUUCGUCAUAGAGACUAUUCAAUCACAUAAAUUGAAAGAAAUUGCCAAAAAAAGAUUACAAUAUUUACUAGAUAAAUUUGAAUUAUUUCAAUAUUUGAAUUCAAAAGCUGAAAUCUUAGAAAAUAAAAAUGUUCCCUAUAGAGAUUUUUAUAAUUGUAGGAAAAUUGAUAGAGAUCUUUUAUUAAGUGGAUGUUUCACUCAAAGACAAUUAAGUGAAUUUAUAUGGGAAAAAAUUAAUUUGGAACCAAAUAGAAUUGUAUAUUUCAAUGAAGGGACAAAUGAAAAAUUAUCAUUGAAAGAAUUAUUUGAAACAACGUGUGAUGAAACUGGCAACGAGACUAGUGACCCAAUGUCCAUUGGGUUGAAAGUGAUUGAUGAUGAAUUCUUAGAAUGGUAUAAUGAUUUUUAUUUGCCGGAAUUCCAUUUAAUACCAGAUUCCAUUAACUUGACCAAAUUGCCAUGUAAACAGAAAAGAUUUUAUUAUUUAACAAAGACUUUCUUAAAUUUCGAUAAUUUCAUUGAAGGUGAAUAUUUCGCUGAAUUGUUGAUUAGAUAUGUAGUGAAUCCAUUGGAAAAAUCUAAAUAUCAAUUGAUUCAAAUGUCAAUUGAUUUUCAAUUUUAUCCUGUAGAUAGUGAUAGUUGGUGGACCAAAUUCUCCCGUUGGUUAAUUAAAUGGAAGUUAAUCUCUUAUAAUAUUAGAUGGAAUGUUCAAAUUUCUAGAAUAUAUACUACUUUAUUCCAACAGAAACGACUUCAAAAUUUCCAAGAAUUUUUAGAUAUGGUUUUUGAUCCAGUAUUAACUUCUAUUAAUGAUGAGAAUUGGGAACUCCAAUAUUUUCUCACUAACGUUUGUUCAAUCGAAUUAGUUGUCAAACAAAAAGAUUCUUAUAUUUGGAAGGAAUUCACAGAUUUGCAUUGUUCUCCUAAAGAUUGGACCGCGUCUGGUGAUAAUCCUACAAUUGCUCAUUAUAUGUAUUACAUUUUUGAAAAAAUAUCCAAAUUGAAUAAUAAGAGAAUAUCCAAGAGACAGAAUACAUUUACAUUAAGAAGUUAUUGUUCUCCUUCCCCAAACAGAACUUCGCAAUUUGGUGAAACUGUUUCAUAUAAUGAUCAAAUAGAAUCGUUAGUAGCAAAUUUGCUCCUCUGUAAUGGUGGUCUCCUCAACGGUGAGUCACUUUGGGAUUCAUCAAUUAUGCUUCCUUAUAUUUUUUAUUUAUUCCAAAUACCAAUAAUAACAGCACCUUUAUCAUCCGUUUCCUUAUCGACUUCUAUGUUGCAAAGUUUUAAAUCUAACUCUGGUAGAACAGAAACCAAAUCAUCACCAUUAGAAUAUGAUCCAUCAGUAACUGAAACUGUCGUUCCAUCUUCUUCUUCAACAUCAUCAUUUGUACGUAGUUCAAGAGAUAUAACAUUAGGAGAACAAACAAAUUAUACACAAAAUCCAUUUAUGAAUAUGUUCAAAAUGGGAUUCAAAUUAUCAAUAUCAUCCAAUUCAGUCCUUUAUAAUUCAUCAUAUACUUCUGAACCCAUCAUUGAAGAAUUUAGUGUUGCCGCUAGUAUUUAUCUUUUGAAUGCAGCAGAUCUAUGUGAACUCGCAAGAACAAGUGUCAUUUGUAGUGGAUAUGAUGGAUAUUAUAAACAACAUUGGUCUGGAAUAAAUGUCAAUAAGACAAAUGAUUCAUUCGGUAAAGAUACUAUUGGAAUGGUGGACGAAUGGUUUGAUAAUGAAUCAGAUACAAGAAUUAAACAUAAUGUACCAACGAUAAGAAGACAAUAUAGAAAGAAUACAUGGGAUCAAGAAUGGCAUUUCAUUAAAAACGAAUUACAUUAA